AUGCUGAAUUGGCUGAUUUUGGACUCCCAGAAGUUGGAUUCUAUAAUAGAAGCUAUAGAAUCGUAAAAUAUUAAUAUUUAUUAUCAUUUAGGAUCACAAUACCAGAAUUUGCUGAUCAUAACGCUCCUAAAUUCAAUAUAAUUUUCGAUUUAAAGCUAACUCAAGCAUAAUAAGUGAUUAAAUUAAGUACAUAAAAUGAAAGCAGUAAAAAUAAAAGGAUUGUAGGAACUCCAGAUUAAAUAGCUCCAGAAGUUUUAAAAGGAGAAUCUUUAACAAAUAGUAGUUUAGACUAUUGGAGUCUAUGA